AUGCAAAAUCACAAGACGAAUGAUGAUGUCGACCGUGUGUUUGAUGCAUCUAGUCAGGUGGUUGAGGUUGAUGCUGUUGCUGUGUUGACAACUCGAACGCAUGAACUUGAGGUAGAACGUAACCAAAUGGCUCAGGAGCUUGAGAAACAGAGAGAAGCGUUCGAACAGCACUUGAGCGUUUUGAGAGAAAGAGGAAAGUUUGUGAACACGAGUAACAGUUGUGAUGAGAUGGUUAAUGGAGAAGCCGCUCGAUGUCGGGAGUUGGAAGACGAGAGUUCGCAGACAAAGUCCAAACUGUCGAUGUCGGAGGAGCUCGUGCAGCAGCUUUCUGUGGAAGGAAAUAGUGUGGGCGAAGUGGUGCAGGCACUGAGAGUCUCUACACAGAAAUGGUGGAGCAGUAAGAGGGAAGGAAGGGUUCAGCAGUUGAGUGAACAGAUCACAUCAUUAGCUAAUGACAGAGGAGCUUUAGUCACUCACUUGCAACAGCAAACAGCAUUAGUAAAAGAGCUAGACCAGAAGCACGGUGAUGCAUCUGAAGAACACAUACCAGUUGCUAUUCAAAGCAAAUUAGACCAACUAGCGACGGAAAAAUCUAACUUGGCGAUACAGUUAGAAGCCAGAAUCAACGAGAGUGAACAAUUACGAAGACUUACUGAUGAACAGAGUGCCGAGAUCAUUCAACUGCAAGCGACUGCUAAACGUUUGUCAGAAGAGGCGGUUGAUCGUACAGAAAUGAUGAACUCGAUGCAAAACGAUAAAGAGACGAUUAGCAGACUUCUCUUGCAGAACAAGGAGUUGAAAUCACAAUUGGAAGAGGUGCAGACUGGAUUUGUCAAAGUUACAAACGACAAGAUGCACUUGGCUAGUGAUCUCCAGAUGUACGAGCAUCACAACAAACAGCUGCAGACGAAGUUGGACGAGCAAUCAACAGACUAUGUGACUAUUUCUGAGGUGAUGCUAACAAUUGAUACGUUGGACGGUCAUUCGUACAGCAUACUGUCUGUUACAUCAAACAAUUACGUGAUGAAAAUAGUUAUCUUAGCCAGCAGUCGCUAGAGAUUUCUCGUGCAGUAAGUCCUGAUCACGACGAAGUAUCUCGGCAAACAGAAAAACUGAAACAGGAAUUGUAUGCCUCACAGGACACGAUACGUCAGUUGUCUGCUGAGAACGCUGGUUUGCAGAACAUGCUCUUGACUCUUCAUCAUCAGACACAGAACGAGAGCAGCGUCGUAUCAAAAAUAUCAGACAGUUCAUCUGGCAGUAAUGUGGACAUACAAAAUCACAAGACGAAUGAUGAUGUCGACCGUAUGUUUGACGCAUCUAGUCAGGUGGUUGAGGUGUAUGCUGUUGCUGUAUUGACAGCUUGAACGCAUGAACUUGAGGUAGAACGUAACCAAAUGGCUCAGGAGCUUGAGAAACAGAGAGAAGCGUUCGAACAGCACUUAAGCGCUUUGAGAGAAAGAGGAAAUUAUGUGAACACGAGUAACAGUCGUGAUGAGAUGGUUAAUGGAGAAGUAGACGUAGAGUCUGGGGGUAAUAUGAAUGUGAAUGACACUGUCUUGAGGCUUGAAUAUGAUCAGCUGGAGUUGAACUUCAGUCAACUACAGGAUCGUUUUGUCAAAGUGAUGAAAGAAAAACAGACCUGAAGGACAAAGCACAAAGGCUGGAACAUCUUGUGAUGCAGCUGCAGCUAGAAACAGACACGAUAGGUGAGUAUAUUUCUUUGUAUCAUCAACAACGUGACCAGCUGAAGACAAAGUUUGAACAGAAAGACGAGCUGAUAGCAGCUCUUAUCGCUGACAAGACACGCAUCCAGGCUCAAGUGAGAGAAUUACAACAACUAAUGAUAUCGCUGGUCAAGGAAAGGCAAGACUCUAGGAUACAUGUACCUAAUGAUAGUGAAGGUAACACUAGGAUGUUGACACCGUCACUUGUUGACGAUGGAAGUGAAGCGAGCGACAGCUCGUUAGAAGACGAAGGAGACGCGUUUGGUGAAGACAGUGGUCACGUGACGUCGUUGUCACCCGUAGAGUUUAGAGAACGUCAAAUAUUUGACUUGUUGCAAGAGCUGGGACGCUCUUCUAGGCCGUCGGGAAUAUUUAUACGUAUGAUGCAUCGGUGGGACGAGUGACAUUCUUUCCAUUUACUGGCAGUUGUGGUAAAGAAGUUCUCGUAUUGUAACUUAUAAUGUAUUGGAAAGUCUAAAAUUGUUACCAAAUGCAUACCAAACAUGUUUACAGCAUGCACAUUAAAGUUUGUUGCGUUUAUUCUUGACAUUUGUUCUCUCC